AGUAAUUUCUACACAUUUUCUAGACAAAUUUUAAUCCUAUCCAGAAAAUAAGGGACCACAAUGUUGUCGGCUGCAAAAGUGCGUAUCCAUGGGAUGCAAGAUGAGAAUUGGGUGAUUAAGGAUAAAAUCAACCAAUAUAGGGGACUCAUCAAGUUAUACGAAAGAGAUAGAAAAAUCCACGAAGGCGAUUUGGUGAGACAGAAGAAGCGAUACUUUCGGGACAUUCGUCAGCUGCGAAAGGACAUCACAGACAAGCGUGGUGAACUCGCCGUGGCCGUAUAUGGAGACAAACAGUUCCUGAGAAACGCCUUCCAGGAGCACAGGAGACUGCAACUCACAUACAUGAAUAGUCAGGCCGAUAAAGUGUUAGAGAGCAUUCAUCAAGAAAACUUCAAUAAACGAAAGCAAUUGGACAGAAUUCGAUAUUUGAAAAAGAAAAAAAUGGAAAAGUUUAGACUGAGUCAGUUGGAGUCAGAUGAGUUGCGCGACCGGCUUUUGUUCGAGGUGGGCGGAAAACUACCCGCAGAGAAGAAAGAACAGGCCGUCGCCAAUUACGUGCAACGAGCAAACAUCAAAAAGAAUGCAGCUCUAGCCAUUAAAGUCAUGUACAAGAAGAUACUGGACAUACUGAAAAAGGACUCGAUCUACUUCACGGUAGUUUUGGAAGCAUUGAAGCAGGAUUGCCGUGCUCAGGGCAAGUGUCUGAUGGGAGCUACGGAGAUGGGUCAGCUGGCUAUGGAGUACCUCGACGAUAGGAAGUUCGACUACAACAAGCUCGAGAAAGAGAUAAAAGCUAAUAUGAAAGAAAGGGAGCGAACGCUGAAGAUUGUGAGGCGCGAGCUCACUUUCCUCACAAAUUCGUUCCCCAAUUUGAUACGGAAAGAGGAGGUGACGAACCUGGACGAGCUAUAUGAGGAGGAGGAGACUGGUAGCAGUCACUCGGUGCACUGGGAGUUGGAGGAGGUGGUGGGAACCUGCAAACGGCUGCAGCGGGCGACGCUGUCGCAGUCCUUCGACUCCAUACUACCCAGGCUCAAAGAUCAGAAGCACCAAGCGGAGAGACUGACUAUACAGCUGAGGUUGAACAGUCAGAAGAGAGACGCACUACUGGAGAAUAGACAACACGCGUUGCUCAUGUUGGACUGCUUGAAGAACGUUGGACAGGAGCGGACGGCGCAAUACAUACAAGACAAAAAGAAGCUUCGGGAACAACUAAUUACUGAGGAGCGGGAAGAGAAAAAUCUGAUCAAAUCCCUCGAUGAAAGGGGACAGCUUAUUAUAGAAAUGAAAACCUCCUUACAACAGAUUAAUCACCUGCUCUCUAGUGUCGGUACUCCAAAUGUUCAAAAAAAACAAGGACCACCACCCUCUUUUAAACAAGCUCUGGAUUUGCCAGACAGUUUCACGCAAAAAGUACCUGAAGUGGAGGCAGAUUUGGACAAAUUACUGUCGGUUGCUCGUCAGAAACUAAAUGUGCUGGUGCAAGCGGCGUCUAAGAUAGAGAUGACUGAUACGACUAGAGCGAACGCCAAUCUAUUCUACCAUAAUACCCUUUCCAAGUACAUGAAGGACAAUUUCAAGGAAGACGUCGUUGCAGAAGCUGGUCUCAUAGAGUUUGAGAUGGAGGACCCAAACGUGCCGAGCCACGCGAUGAUCAAGCUCAGGAGCCAGCAAUUGGUGGACUCCCAAGUCAGCGAGUUUGACGUGCCAGACACAAAGAAGUAACCUGUAUUUAAAUAAUUAUUACAAUAUUUUGAGCAAUGGAUGUGAUGUGAAUCGUUCUAAAUCGAUGACUGAGGUAUUUAAUUAAACUUGUUAUUGCCUUUUUGAUUAAUAAAUUCGGUGUGUCACUUUU